CGAGGAAGGUGUCUGUGGCGGUGUCCGGACGCAGAGCAUGGGCCCAGAAUUGUAGCGCGGUACAUUAUGGCUACGGCCACACUGUUUCCAAACUCAGGACACGCCACCGACUCGCGCGCGGCCAAUCAGGACGGCGCUUUUCCGAUGACUCGUGGAUGCUGCUCCCGAUCUGAUCCUGUUCAUCGGCGACCUGUCGUGCGAGUCUCCUUGCGCAUACGAUCACGAGUGUGCUUGUGGCCUUCACUGGUAGCCACUUCAAGAUCAGACAAGAUAUCCCCACAGGCAGCCGAUUCCGGACCGAGGACCCCAGUGUCAAGUGAAGAAUGGAAUUCGAACGCAUCCCGCUCGAUCAGUUCGCUUCCGCAUUUGGAACAGCCAUUGAGUUGUCCAGCGUCGCUCUAGGAGGCAAAGUCGAGUCUUUCUCCGACGAGUUCUUCGCGGAAGCAUUCCAUCUAUUGCUUGUUGAGCCUGCGCCGAGCUUGAAAGGCCAAUUUGGGCCAAAAGGGGCACUCUACAGCGGAUGGGAAACGCGACGACACAACCCGACAUACGAUUGGUGUGUCAUCAAGCUAGGAACUACCGGCACCGUCUUUGGCUUCGACAUCGACACUACGCACUUCAACGGUAACGAGGCCCCUGAAGUCAGUGUUGACGCACUCUACCAACCUGGGGACCAGCCUGCCCCUCUGGCGAAUGACACCAAUUGGUCAGAGAUCCUGCCGAAGGUGCCUCUGGGACCUAGUUCUAGGCAUCUGUUCACAAUCAAGCCUACGAAAGGUUUGAACUACGUGAAGCUCAACAUGUAUCCCGACGGUGGAAUUGCUCGACUCCGUGUCUAUGGACUAGUGUCACCAGUCUUCCCUGCUGAUUUGUCAGCCCAGUUUGACCUUGCUCACGUUUUCUCCGGGGGAAGAGUCGUCUUCACUUCGGAUCAACACUUCGGUGUGGGAUCCAACCUGAUCCUUCCCGGCAGAGGUAAGGACAUGGGCGACGGAUGGGAGACGAAGCGAAGCAGGCAGAAAGGGCACAGAGAUUGGGCGAUCAUCAAGCUUGGCGAUGCCGGGUACCUAUCUCACGCCGAGAUCGAUACCGCUCACUUCAAAGGCAAUUUCCCAGAGUCCUGCGAACUACAUGCCUUGUCCAGCCAGGAACUGGAUCCUGCGAACGCUCCUGAGGACGACUGGACGGUCAUCCUUCCCCGCACGAAGCUCGGGCCUCACCGACAGCACCACUUCCAGCUGCACAACGUGGACGGCAAAGCAUUCACGCAUGUUAGAGCGACUAUUUACCCCGAUGGAGGCUUGAAGAGAGUCCGCAUAGUAGGUAGGAGAGCGGGCGGUGAUAUCACGGCCCCGGUAUUGUCAGGCGCUGCUGGGGAAAGUGCGGCCGCGAACACUCAAGCAACAGAGGAUUCGGCCUCUACAACGGUCCCGACGGCACAUAGCCUGCAGUCCGCAGUCAACCCAGCCGGACCUACCAUCCCCGCUCUUCCACUCACCCCGGAAGCCUUCGCACCCUUUGGACAGGUGAUCCAGGCGUACUCCGAUUUGAACGCCGUGCCAUCUCCGCGGUCCACGCGCAUUACUGGGGCGAACCAGGGCACGGCCGUGAAGUUUCACAAACUGGCGUUGCUAGAGUCGGCAUACCCCGCGGAUACCGGAGCUACGACGGGCCUCUCGGUCUACCGGUGCAAGCCCAUUGACGCACAGGGCGGGCACUGGGAUGUCAAGCUGCUUGAGAGGCAUCCAUGCACGAACCAGGCGUUCAUACCCAUGGGCCGUGGAGAGGACUUGGACAAGCCGGGAGAGACGUACUUAGUCAUCGUGGCGAAGAACGGGUCGGAUGAUAAGCCAGACCUUCCUACCAUGCGUGCCUUCGUUGCGACUGCUGGGCAGGGCAUAGUCUACGACACAGGCAUUUGGCACCAUCCGAUGGCCGUGAUUGACCAAACUAUGGACUUCACGUGUGUUGAGACGCAAGUCGGGAACGGGGACAAGCUGGACUGCGAGAUCAUCGAGUUGGAUGGCUCAGCUGGGUUCUACAGGGUGCAGCUUCCCAACUAGAAGCAAUUUCAAGAGGGUUCGGCAAAACAGUGUAUUUGAUUAGUCAAAUUAGUCAAAAAUGUCAACAAGAACUCAUACUACGUAAAAA